CCACACCCGGUUCAACCGCGCACCACCUACAAUCACCACCACACCUUCCUCGCAACACUACACAUCCCAUCCUCCCCUCCACUGCUGCAAUCCAGCAUCACACGCAGCAACUAGACACACCCACCUACGACUGCCGAUUACACCGCACUGCACAGCACAAGUGCAUGCAUUCAACACACGGCACUUGAGCGACAAACACGCAAGACACGCCCCACGAUCCGCCGCCCCCCCCUUGCCCCGCCGUCGAUUACGAUCACGCGCACACGCCGAGUCAGCGGAGACACCACAUCCCCCCCUCCCAGCCUCCCCACCCCCCUCUCCUUCCUUCCUUUAACCCAGUCGCCCCCCAUCUCUUGUUUGUCUCGCUCACCCCCACACGGCCCAUUGAGAUUGUGCAGCAGCCCCCAUCAUCCAACCUCGUGCGCGUAAAGAAACCAUCCCUGGCAUAGUCGCUGCAACACCAAUCGUCCUACUACUCUACACACCUUCCUCCCGCUACCCCACGCCAAUCUAACCACCAUGGGACAGUCACCAUCCAAGAAGAUGGGCCGCACCAGGUCCAAGGAGCUCUCGGCAAACGACCUCGCAGACAGCUUGGCAUCCACAAAGCUAAGCUCUGGACCCGCAUCCAUCGACUCAAGAAACGGUAAAAGUGUAUCCAGCGGUUCCGCCAGACCUACAGUUUCCUCGGGCGGCUCAUUCGACUCGUCGCCUUCGCUGCGAUCCCCGAAUGCAGACUCGCCGACCUCUGAUGGUCAGCCCUCCUCGCCGGCUACCCCAACCAUUCUCACCACUGGACCCCGCGCUCCAUUCCUUGGCUCUUCCCCACCUCCCUCUGCAGACUCACCCACAUCGCCAGGCCGCCCGGCCUCGCCACUUGGUCAUCAGCACUCCAACUCGAACGCGUCUCUUUCGCCCGGCAACGCCUUAACGGCAACUGUUAGCCGGACUAGCAUCACGGGCAGCGUCCCCGGCCAGUCGCUCGAUGUUGACAACAUGAUCUCGAGACUGCUCGAGGCGGGCUACAGUGGCAAAGUCACAAAGUCGCCGCCCCUCAAGAAUGCAGAGAUUGCCGCAGUGUGCGCCGCCGCGCGCGAAAUCUUCCUCUCGCAGCCGACUCUUAUCGAGCUCAGCCCACCCGUCAAGAUUGUUGGCGAUGUCCACGGCCAGUACGCCGAUCUUAUCCGCAUGUUUGAAAUGUGCGGCUUCCCGCCCCAGGCAAACUACCUCUUCCUCGGCGACUACGUCGACCGUGGCAAGCAGUCGCUCGAGACGAUUCUUCUUCUCCUCUGCUACAAGAUCAAGUUCCCCGAGAACUUCUUCCUGCUCCGUGGUAACCACGAGUGUGCCAAUGUGACGCGAGUGUACGGAUUCUACGACGAGUGCAAGAGGCGGACGAACAUCAAGACGUGGAAGACGUUUAUCGACGUGUUCAACGCCUUGCCCAUUGCGUCGAUUGUUGCUAGCAAGAUCUUCUGUGUGCACGGAGGUCUCAGCCCCAGCCUGCAGUCGAUGGACGACAUUCGCAGAAUCCAACGGCCGACCGACGUUCCCGACUAUGGUCUGCUCAACGACCUUGUGUGGUCUGACCCGUCGGACACGGCACUCGACUGGGAGGACAAUGAGCGUGGUGUGUCAUUCUGCUACGGCAAGAGCGUCAUCAACGCAUUCCUGGCCACGCACGACAUGGACCUCAUCUGUCGGGCGCACAUGGUCGUCGAGGAUGGCUACGAGUUUUACAACGACCGGACGUUGGUGACUGUCUUCUCAGCCCCCAACUACUGUGGCGAGUUUGACAACUUUGGUGCGGUCAUGUCAGUGUCCGAGGACCUGUUGUGUUCCUUUGAGCUGCUCAAGCCACUCGACGGUGCCGCCCUGAAGAAGGAGAUGACCAAGUCGAAGCGCAAGAGCCUGCAGAACCACCAGUCGCCGCCAAACAACCCUACAGCUCAAAGCUACUAAGCUGUCUACACGUCGCCGCGGCGGCCCCAUCGUUGUUGUCGUCUCCCUUGCUCAUCAAUUCACACCACCACCACCCCUUCCACCCGGUCCCCGGGCGCGUGGGCGUGUAACUGCAUUGCAACGCAUAUGUUUGUGCAUCUCCCUCCACCGGCCCCCCCAAUCGAAUAAUUAUCCACACGUCGAGCUCUGUCUGCAAGACGGUCGCUGUACCAUAUUGUCGCCGACUCGACCUUGAUUCGCGCUUCCCAACCACCACUAUCACCACUACCACCACCAUUCCGCCACCACCAGCUUCCAGCCUCAGCCUGUCGCCGCCUGUCCGUCGUCUUGAAUUGCACUCGCCUGGUAUCAGCAACUUGUCUGGUGUGAGCCUAGUCGCCCGGCCCAACGACCCUGCCUACCUUGUAGUAGUAGGGCCUCUGGGGGCAGGCGGCUUGUGCUGCACAGACUUGAAAUGUACGAUUUAGCACAGACGGGGGGUGUGGGUGUGUGGGCGGUGGUGUAUGUCGCCGCCGCCGCUGUGGGGUAUUACUUAGACGCUGCGCGUUCCAAAGAUCGAGGACUCUGUCUCCAGUUCAUAUUAGUAUCGUCAAGGGUUUCAGUCAUGCAUCAAAGUACAAG